AUGGUGUUGCUGGCUGCACAUCAGAGUGAAUCUGAUGACACCACCAGUAGCUGUUGUUUCGAGGUGUUGCUGUUUCCACCAGUCGAGAACCACCAGCUGAUUGCUGCCUACAGCAUAGCAGAUGUUAAGCCCACCCACCUACCAGGCCCACCAGCCAGGCCCAACAACCAGGCCCACCGACCAGGCCCACCUACCAGUCCCACCGACCAGGCCCACCUAACCGACCCACCAACCAGGCCCACCAGCCAGGCCCAACAACCAGGCCCACCUAACCAACCCACCAACCAUGCCCACCAGCCAGGCCCAACAACCAGGCCUACCGAACAGGCCCAUCUACCAGGCCCACCGACCAGGCCCAUCUACCAGUGCCACCGACCAGGCCCAUCUACCAGGCCCACCGACCAGGCCCAUUUUCUAGGCCCACCGACCAGGCCCACCUACCAGGCCCACCGACCAGGCCCACCUAACCGACCCACCUACCAGGCCCACCAGCCAGGCCCAACAACCAGGCCCACCGACCAGGCCCAUCUACCAGGCCCACCGACCAGGCCCAUCUACCAGGCCCACCGACAAGGCCCACCUACCAGUCCCACCGACCAGGCCCACCUAACCGACCCACCAACCAGGCCCACCGAUCAGGCCCAUCUACCAGGCCCACCGACCAGGCCCAUCUACCAGGCCCACCGACCAGGCCCACCAGCCAGGCCCAACAACCAGGCCCACCGACCAGGCCCAUCUACCAGGCCCACCGACCAGGCCCAUCUACCAGUGCCACCGACCAGGCCCAUCUACCAGGCCCACCGACCAGGCCCAUCUACCAGGCCCACCGACCAGGCCCAUCUACCAAUCCCACCGACCAGGCCCACCUAA